UGGCUUCUUUUUUUCAAACAAACGCACACUGAAAGUUCUAACAAAUGAAUAUACUCUUCCCUUGCCAGCGUACAUAAGAUAUCCUUGAGUCAUUAGCAUGGUGAACGCUCCGGAAUUGAAAGCUUAUUUGGAUAAAAGAAUUUCCGUCCAGUUAAAUGGUUCCAGAAAAGUCAUUGGAAACUUACGAGGAUAUGAUGUGUUUUUGAAUAUAACGAUGGGAGAAGCAGUGGAGGAACAAAAGAACGGUGAAGUUAUUAAUAUAGGGACUAUUGUUAUAAGAGGAAACUCUAUUGUUUCAUUAGAAGCACUUGAUAAGAUUUGAAACGUCUAUGUAUUUUUUUAUUCAUACUAUAUAAACAAGCUCUAUUACUAA